AGUAAUUCUGCAAGGCGUCUAUAAAUGCACUAAGUUCACUUGCAAUCCUGCAUAUAACGAAUUUUGUUGUUGUGAAGUGUGGUGAAAGUCGUUGCAUUCGUGUGCUAUCAAACGAGAGAACAAUUUUAAUGGAUCCUAGUUUGUAUAACGCUGUACAACAGGGCAAUCUUAAUGCCAUCACAGAAAAGAAGGAACUUGUCUGUACCACUCAAUUGACACCGAACAAGAAUACUUUACUUCACGUUGCUGCCCAGUUCAACGACUCCCAGAAAUUUGCAUUAGAAAUCCUCAUGAUAAAUGAAUCCUUACUCUGUGAAGCGAACUCAGAUGGUGAGACCGCGCUUCACGUUGCCGCGAGAAGUGGCAGGCAGAAUGUCGGGAUAGCGAUGAUGGAAUUUGCAAAGAGAUUAGAUGGAGAGCUUGAAGCCGGAGGCGAAGCGCUCAAAAAGCUGCUAACAUGGAAAAAUAGAAAUGGAGACACUGCACUGCACGAGGCAAUCAGGAAUGAUCAGCCGAAUAUGGUCCUUUUGUUGAUACAAAACGACCCUGAACUUGCAAAUAUAGCGAAUAAUGCACUGGAAACUCCAUUGUUUCUUGCAGUUGAUGUCAAUCCAGAUGAUGAGAACCGGAAAAUGUGUGUGAAUCACAUAUUGGAAAAUUGCUCAUCACCGGCUUACACUGGACCAAAUAGGAACACUGUUCUGCAUGCUGCGGCUUUAUAUGAUUGGAAACGAAUAUCAGAAAAGUUGUUGAAAAAACAUCCAACUAUAAUAACGGAAGUAAAUGAUUUUGGAUGGAGUGCUCUCCAUUUUGCAGCACAACGUGGAUCCAAUGAAGUAGCAGAGGAACUAUUAAAGGCUGAUAAAUCAAUAGCAUACAUAGUUGCAGAAAAAGAUUACAAUAGAACAGCUCUUCAUAUAGCGACUUGUUACGGGAAGGUAAAGAUAAUGGAAGAGAUUUUAGCAUAUUGUCCUGAUUGCUGGGAGAUGGUUGUUGGAAAUGGCCAAAAUAUUCUACAUCUUUCCGUGGCAUUCGAGCAACAAGAAUCAUUUAAAUUUAUCAUGAAAAAAUCAUGGGUUGGCUACCUCAUUAACCAAAAAGAUGAAGAGGGAAACACACCCCUCCACGAAUAUGCUGCAGCUCCCAACUACUUCUAUGGCUAUGAUCUUGUAAACCAUCCACAAGUAAAAAAGAAUGCUGUGAACAAGGAAUAUAAGACGCCUCUUGAUGUGGUAAUGUUUUCCGAUGUUUAUUCAACAAGACGGAAUGCCGUACAGAAGGAAUUAAAAGAAAACCAUGCUUCCCUAGGUAUUGUGAAUGAAGUGAAUCUUGAAAAUUAUUGGCGAUUGCAGAUGAAGAAUCCUGAAAAUAAAAGGAUGGUUCCAGCAGAUAUUAGAAAAGCAGCCGACACUCAUAUGGUAGUGGCUGCUCUCAUAACAACAGUUGCAUUUGCUGCCGGAUUCACCAUUCCAGGUGGGUACGGAAAUGAUGGCCCAAACGAAGGCAUGGCAAUUUUAUCAAGAAAAGCUGCUUUUAAAGCGUUCAUUAUAACUGAUACAUUAGCUGUGGUUUGCUCUGCUUCUGCUAUUUUUCUCCACUUCAUUGGAGCCAGUUUCACUGACAAGUUGAAGCUUGUGCACUCGUAUCUUGCUGGUGCACUACUUGUUAUAGUUGCCAUGGGGGCGAUGGUGAUUGCUUUCAUGACCGGUUUGUACACGGUGUUGGAACAGUCACUAGAAAUUGCUAUUAUAGAAUGUGUCAUUUGCAGCUUCUGCUUUCCUAUUUUCUACUACUGAGUGAAAAGGGCAUUUAGUGUGGAUUUGUUGAAAAAUAAACCAAAUUAAUGAUCACUGAUGAAUUCAAGAAUCAAUUACUGAACUUUAUUUUAGUCCAGUGUCUACUAGUAUUUCAAUAAUUGAUUGAGUAAUUUAAGGAGUCUUCUUGGAUAUGUAAUAGCCACAUUUAUUUUGAUGCAUUUCCCUGUGUCUUCUAGUAUGUAUAAAUUAGAAUGUUCAAGAAUCAAUUACUGAACUUUAUUUUA